GCUGGAUGGAUUCGCCUGGGACAGAAGUAAAGCAGGGUCAAUGCCAGCCGAGCACGGAACCUGUCAGCGCCCUUCGCAUUCACCAAAUUAUUCCAGUUCAUCCCCAUCCCAAUCCAUCCUUACAGGCCCUGCCCCCCCCGACGAAUAAAAUAAUCCCGAAUUAGUACGAUCUGCAUCGGAUUUGGAUCAGGUUUCAGCCUCCGGACAAAUCUUCCCGAUAUGGACAUGUGAAUCCAAAUCUGCUGCACGCCUUUUCCAAUCCCAUCCCGCUCUUCACGUUCUCCUUCCCCCUUCGCCAACCCCCGAGGUCAGAAAAAGAGGGGAAAAAAGUUGCUUCCUUUAUAUCCGAUACGCCACUCGGGUCCCUUUUCGUUUAGCGUCCCCUUCUCUUGCGUUUCCUUCGUCGGUAGGAGAUGGGCAGAUUCUGAUGGGGGGGAGAGAGCUUUGGAUGGUGAUUGAUAGGGAUUUGCUGAUUUCGCGGUCGUUUUUCCAGUAGGUUUCGUGGGCUGGGAUUGCGAAUCGCGGGUUGUGGUGUAGGAUCGGAGUUGAUGUAGAUAGCUUUUCGUGUGCGAAGCGUGCCUAGGGUUUUUGGUUGGUGCGUGAUUGGGGCCCUUGAAAUGUACAAAUCGAACCUUUUAAUGGUUUUCUGGCAGUCGUGUCCAGCAAAUGUAAUGCGAGGAUACGGCUGUAGGGUCUGACGGCUGUUCGUCUUGGAAUCGAAUCUCGGUUCGAGAUAGCAGAGGGAGAUCGAGGCCAACAUUUCGAUUCCUUCCUCGGAUGGCCUCGCCUGGGUUUUUCCUGAUCUGCGUGUUGCAUUCGCUGGUGGCUCUCACGAGCGGAGCCCUCAUGAUGUUCUACUCCACGGAGAUAUCCGCCAUCAAAUCCCAGGGCUCCACCCCGCACGACCAGCUCCUGAUCCAGACCUCCGACUCGUUCUCGGGCCUGCUCCUCAUCGCCAUCGGGUCCUUGCUGCUGAUGGUGGCGUUCGUGAAGGACAGGGAGUUCCAGAGCUUCUUCGCGAAGGGGUGCGUGGUGUUGCAUGUGGGCAUGGCGGUGUGGAGGUUUUGCUUCGAGCGGAAGGUCGAGGAGCUCGUGGGCGAGUGGCCCAAGCAAGUCGUGGGCGACAUCGCACUCGCGGUUUCGUGGGUUUUCUUUCUCGUGUACUCAUGGAGAGAGAAGUACGAUUAGCUCGUGGAGUGAACCGCAGGGAUGCAGUAGAAAGAGAGAAAUCGAGUUUUCUGCGGAUUGAAAUAGGAAGAUGGUGCUUGGCGAGAUCAUGUUGUAAUGCUCUGGGAGAUCCAUUUGAGGUUCUGAGCAGGAAGUGAAGUAACCUGUGAAUUCUGGGUUUCAAGAACGGGUUUUCACUGGGGUCAUUUUAGAUGCUGAAGUUUCGAUUUUUCAUCUUUUCUUGUUAUGAUCUUUGAGGAGUGAAAGGAACUGAUCAGGAGAUAGUCUUCGUUUAGCUCAGAAUUCAGAUACUGCAGCCGUUUCAUGUGGGCUACUGCUCUUGCUGACUGAAUGCAAAUCCCAAUUUUUGCCUGUAAAUUUUCUUCAUAUGUGGAAUAAAUACCCCUUCUCUCUGA